UGCAGGUGGCACACCCCAGGCGUGUCCAGGCCCACCACUCUGCGGGAAGAGGCGACUCCAAACGGAGAUUACACAUCUUUUAGCAAUGCAGGCCACAGCAGCUGGUAAAGGGUACCACAGUAAUGGAGAAAACCUCCCAAAAGAUAAACCUCCUAAUCCUAAGAAGGAAAACUUAUCUUCCAGUGGUUGUAGUGAAGUCAAAUCGACUUUUCCAGAUGAUGACUGGGAUUCUUCAGCACUAGAACAGAGAGCUAAUGACAAGAAAUUCAGCAGUAAUGACAAAAUAGAUUUAUUAGAGCCAUAUUUUUCAGCAAGUCAAGAUACUAACGUAGAGAAUACUCACUCACAGUCAAGUGAGUGUGAAGACAGUACUGACUAUGCUUUCUUGAAUGAAACAUACUCUAUACAUUAUUCAGAGUCAAAACUAAAGAAUGAAAGUGUUACUCACUUAAAUUCAGAAUUAGAUCCUGGAGUGCAAAAAAGAGAGGAAAUAUUUUUUGAUAUUUUGGAACAUCAAGAUAGUAAGACUACUGGCUUGAAAAGAAUGAACAAGAGUUCAGAUUCUGAUUAUAAAGAAACUACUGAAGAUAUCCAGAAGUCUGAUAUAGGUGAAGACUCACAGCUGGAGUAUCACAGUGCAGAAGAACAAGAAUAUAUAAGUAGCCAUUUAUCUUUUGACCAAGCAAAAACAUUAAGUAUAUCUAAUCUGAAAGUUAUUGAAUUAAGGAAUUCAGGUUAUAAAGUUAAAUGUGCUAGCAAUCAAGAAGAUAGUCAUGUUAACUUGGAAAGUGGUUCUAUCAUCUCUUUAGAUUCACUUGAUGUUUAUGGACAAGAAGAUUCACCUCAUGUCUCCAAAUUUCAGAAUUCUGUUAUGUUAAGAGAAUGUCAUGAACAUGAAAAGUGUAAAGAACAAGAGACUAGCUUAAUGUAUCACACAAUAUCUGAGGAAUCUCAAUAUAAGAGUGGUUUCUUAAAUCCCCCAAAAACAUUAAAAGCUAAGAUUUCUACUGAAAAAGUGAACUUCCAAAAAGCUGAAAGUAAAGAUUCUUAUGGAAAUUGUGAGAACAAAAUAUUAAAGCAACUUGAAAAUCCUAGUACAUUAUCACAAGACAAAGCUUUAGAGACACUAGUCAAACCGUAUAAAGAUUGUCAAACUUCCUGGACUUCCAUUUUUGAUGAUUCAGUAAUUUCUGCCUGUGGAUAUUCACAUUAUAAAAGCCUACAAAACACCCCCUGUCGAGCCUUGGAUUUUUCUGUUACACUGCCAGGGUCUGUAGUCAGAGAUAAUCAGUCAAUAGGAGAGGAUACCUACCUAAAAAUUGCUAAUGCCACAAAUAAAACAUGCUUUCAUAAUAUGGAAGGAACAUGUCCUAAAUUGGAGACAGAUGCAACAAACACAGUCACAAUUAAUCAGACAGUUGAUGUUAGCACUGAUUUUAGGGCUUGUUUCACAACCAGCAGAGCUACAAAUACAAGUUCUGCUGUAGUAUCUACAUCAAGCAACACAGAGAUAACAAUGAUGAAUAAAAAGCGGCCUGGCAGAUGGCAGAGUGAGAAACAAAGAAGUGUGGCUUGUAAUACAGAUUUAUCAUACAGUUGCGACUGUGUCAAUAUACAGGUGGCUGUGACAAAAGGACCAGGAAAACCUCUCUCACUUGACAGUUUAAAACCUAAUGGAAAUUUCACAAAUAAGGAUUCCCUGGAAUUAAGAAAAACCUUUGAUAUCACAGACUUAAAGAAACACCCUGAGAGGGAAUUUCAACUUUCUAAAGAGAUGGAGAAGAAUUUACCUUCAAUAUGCUGUCAGAAAAUAAUGCAGAGAGCCAUAAAAGCCGAGCUUCACCUUUUAAAUGUUCACUACCAGAUGUGCCAUCGACAUUGUUGUGAUAUUUUCAAACUUGUAAUGGAAGAUGGGGAAGGAUUAAAUAGGAAUUUAUCAAGUCAUUUUGCUAAGAAGGAAUUAGGAUCGGCACUACUAUCUGUUUUGGGAGAUUUAAAAGUUAGAUAUGUGAGUUUGAAAGAAAAACUGCACAAGGGCAUACCACUGGAAGAGCUGCCUCCACUGUCAAUAGAAUCAAGGUUAUUAUCUACCUUCUCAACUUUCAUUUUCAGGCUAAUGAAAGAAGAAUCACAAGUUGUUUCAGGAGCAGGUUCUGAAUUAGAUAAUCACAGUGCACAUGAUGUUGAUGUUUCUUUGAGCCUGAAAAAGACACCUUCUCAAGAGUCUUUAUUAUCUGACAGUAGUCAUCCUAAACAAGAUAUAUCGCCCAAGAAAGACAAUUUUAAAAAUGGUGAUAUAAAUGUAGACUUCAGUCAGCUGAAACUUGAUGAUAAAGACUAUAGAAAUUACCAAGAAAUAAGUGAAGACUGGUUUGAUGCUAAAGAGAACCUGACAGGACUCGACUUCUUGGGAAUACAAGAAAAUGAAAUAGAUAAAGACAGAUGGAAUCACCAGUGUACUCUAGGAGAAAUGAAGAAUGUUGAACCUUUACAAAGAGAUAAAGGUUUUUUGAUACAUGUUGGUGGUCUGUGCCCUUCGGUGUCUGAGUCUGACCUAAGGUCCUAUUUUGAGAAAUACCAAGUUUCUGACAUUUCAAUUUAUGAUUCUUCUACUAAUUACAGAUACGCAUCUCUUACUUUUAAAAAAAAUAGUGAUGCAAAGAUGGCUGUGAAGGAAAUGAAUGGGAUAGAAAUAAAUGGAAAAUCAGUAAAUGUGCGGCUUGUUAAAACUCCAGGAGACUAUACAUCACCACUUUUCUCCAAAACUGGGAAUAAAGUUAGUUUGAAUAAUUUGGAGAAAAGCACCAACAAAGAAUUCAACUCAAACUCCUCUAUUUCUAUAUUGCCCAGAACCAGGCCAAGACAGCUGGAAUCUGAGCAAGAUGGUGAGGUUUUUCCUUUCGAACAGGGUGUUAAGAAGAACUGUAAACAGAUUGGAUCUGCUAGAUUACUGCUUGAUACACCUGUCCAGGUUAUACCUCCAAAUACACUGAACCUGCGUAGCUUUACCAAGAUCAUGAAGAGAUUGGCUGAACUGCAUCCAGAAGUCAGCAGGGACCAUAUUAUAGAUGCUCUUCAGAAAGUGAGAGUAAAUCGUAAAGGUGUUCUCAAUGGCUUAUCUAUUAAUACUAUCGUGGAAAUGACUUCAUCUGCUCUGAAAAACUCUGCUUCCAAUCAAGAGUAAAAACAGCAGUAAAGAGAAUUUCCUUGGAAAGCCUGAGUACACGCCUUCAGAGAAUGUUCUAUAGCGUUUAGGGAAAAGUUGUGGUAAUAUAAUAGCAAGAUGAUGUAAUUAAACCAACUUUAUAAAUGGACUGUUAAAAUAUUCUACUUUAUGACCAUCCUUUAAAAUCUUACAACAGUUGUCUCUACAAUAUUAAA